GCCUAUCUUCAAAGCCAAACAGUGAAGCUGUCAAACUUAAGGACGUAACGAAUGCCACCUGGUAUGGCUUUAACGCACUUAAGGUCGCUACAGUCCAUCCCCCGACGGAUAACCACUUAUUGGUUGCCACGGAGACAGGCCACACCCAACUGCCACGCCUACAGUACGACCUUUGACCCUCGUAACUGGGACUAUGAGAUUGAGAAGAAAAGCUACAGUCUCAUUGCUCCACAGUAUUACAACUUUGCUAGAGAUGUGAUAGAUUCCUGGGCACAAAAGGAAAAGGCUGGUUUGAGGGGAGACAAUCCUGCUCUAUGGUGGAUUAAUGACAAGGGGCAAGAACUCAAGUGGUCUUACCAGGAGGUUGCAUACCAGUCUAAGCUGGUAGCUAAUGUGUUGAUGGGUCCUUGUGGGCUGAAGCCGAAUGACAUAGUUAUAGUGGUGCUGCCUCGUAUACCUCAGUGGUGGGCCAUCAACGUAGGGGCAAUACGAUCUGGGGUGAUACUGAGUCCCGGGACGACCCUGCUGCGCCCCAGUGACCUCCAGUAUCGACUGAAUGCCGCCGAAGCAAAAUGUAUCAUCACCAAUGCAGACUGUGCUGACCAUGUGGAUCAGGUUGUAGACAAAUGCCCUUUGUUAAAGACCAAAGUUAUCGUUGGUGAAAAAAGGGCUGGAUGGCUAAACUAUGAAGAACUGCUGCAGAAAAGUACAGACAAUUUUGAGUGCAUCAACUCAUUAGCCACCGACCCUAUGACAGUGUUCUUCACCAGUGGUACAACGGGGGCCCCCAAGAUGACAGAACACACACACAGUAGCUAUGGCCUUGGACACAUCAUAACUGCCAAGUAUUUCCUGUCUCUGCAGCCCAGUGAUGUAAUGUGGAACUUGUCAGACACGGGCUGGGCUAAGUGUGCCUGGAGCUCUCUAUUUGCCCCCUGGAUCGCUGGGGCAACAGUGUUUGUACAAGACUCACCAAGAUUUGACCCUCAUGAUGCCGUUAAGAUUUUAGCCAAUAAGCCAAUCAAUGUUUUCUGCGCCCCACCAACCGCUGUUCGACUGAUGCAAGUUGAGCAUGAAUUUUCAAUGGUUAGAAAGAGCGUGCAGGCGGGAUUUUUACGUCACGCCGUCAGUGGGGGAGAGCCGGUGAACCCUGAAAUGUUGGAAGAAUGGUAUGAGGGAACUGGUCUCAAACUGCUCGAGGGGUACGGACAGACAGAAACAACUUUCCUGUGUGGGACGUACAACAGUAUAAAACAGAAGCCAGGCUCCAUGGGCAAGGCCGCCCCGGGGGUAAAUGUGCAGGUUGUGGAUGAUCAUGGUGUGAUUCUACCUCCUGGAAAGGAAGGCAACAUCGGUGUCAGGGUGAAACCCCAGAGGCCGGUCGGACUCUUCUCAAGGUAUAUUGAUGACGAGUCCCGCAUGAAGUCAGUGUUUGUCGGAGAUUUCUACUUGACAGGGGACAGGGCUGUGGUGGAUGAAGAGGGUUAUAUCUGGUUUGUAGGCCGUGCAGAUGAUGUCAUACUCAGCUCAGGGUAUAGAAUAGGGCCGUUUGAGGUUGAAAGUGCCUUACUGGAGCAUCCAGCAGUCCUGGAGUCAGCAGUUGUUAGCUCCCCUGAUCAGACUCGGGGAGAGGUUGUGAAGGCGUUUGUAACUCUGACUGAGGAUUAUAAGGACAGCAAUCGUGAGGCAUUGGUCACCGAACUUCAGGAACACACUAAAAAUGUCACUGCACCUUACAAAUACCCCCGCAAGAUACAAUUUGUUGACACAUUACCGAAGACAGUGAGCGGAAAGAUACGCCGUGUGGAACUCCGCAAUAUGGAAUGGGGUCGGAAAACCGCGGAUUAGAGACUUAAGCUGCCUUGAUCUCCUUAAAAGGCGUCAUUGGUAGUUAAUUAAAGCAACAAUGAUCCAGAUAAAAAAGGAUGGAACUAAUACCGUAUGAUUUUGGAUAAGAGCGGUGAUUUAUUUUUGUUAUCAGUCAUAUUUAGGUCAUCUACCUAAGAGAUUUUUUUUUAUCUAAAUACAUAAACAGUGUUUAUUCAGGUAUUUGAUUAAAAUGCUCGUACCAUGUGCCAUUCAUGUAUAUUACAUUGUAGAAGUUCCCGAUGUUUUAAAGGAACAAAUGAUAUUUUUUAGUUUUAAUUUUGUAAAUGUAUUUUUAUGGGUUUUUUUCCUGUGUGGGAUGAUUGUUUAGAAUGAAAUAUUUAAGAUUGACUUGUAUUAGCAAAAAUUUCAACUUGAAGGAAGUUUGUGGAAAGAUACAACGCUUAAUUUUUGGCCAAAGAUUGCAUAAUUAAACUAAAAGUAAUUCUGAAAUAUUUUACAUGUGUAGAAGCAUAAAAUAGCAUAGUGUUUUAUAGGCUGAACAUAAUUUUAUAUAUUUUCUGUCAAAAAGGUUAUUUAGAAAAUAACGUCACUAACUUUUUGUUUACAUCGGUUGUGACUAUUGGUAAAAUAUGAAAUACAACAGCACCUAUAAAUUGGAGUUGUUUCUAUAAAUAUUCAGCGGCAUAUGUCAUUUUAAAUAAAGCAGUAGCAGAUGCAAUAAAUUGCAGCUAAAUUUAUAAAUAUAUUGCUGUAUGUAUCAUUUUAAAUACAGCAGUAGCAGCUACAAUUUAAUAAAUUGCAGCUAUAUUUAUAAAUUUACAGCUGUAUGUAUCAUUUGAAAUACAACAACAGCUAUAUAUAUAAAUAUACAGUUGUAAAUACAGCAGCAGCAUCUAUAAACUGUAGCUAUAUCUAUAAAUAAACAGCUGUUUGUAUCAUUUGAAAUAAAGUAGCAGCAGCUGCAGCUGCAGCAGCAGAAGCAGAUUUAAAUUGCAGCUAUAUCUAUAAAUACACAGCUGUAUCUAUAUGUGCUAAGCCACUGUUGUCAUACUGUAAGGUUUGAGCCAUUUGGUGCACCAUACCAGAGGGGCUCUUGUUUUGAAUAUUGUAUUUUAAGUCUUUAAUCAUUGACAAUAUCAGGUUCAUUUCAGAUUGAGUUUGCUUUGAAUUUCUAGAAGAUUGAAAUCCUUAAUUACUUUUAUACCUUGCUGUUUUCAACAUUUCAAGUGUGUAUGUGUACAUUAUAUUUGUACACUGCAGUGCUCUCGCCAAUUAUGUAUUUAACCAAAAAAUAAAUAAAUAAAUAAUUACCAAAGGUUUGUGUAGAUAUAUAUUUUGAUUUUUGAAAGCAAUUUUUAAUAAUGUACAUUGAAAUCAGAAUUGAUAUAAUCAUUACUAUUGUCAUGAUGUAAAAUCUAUGUUUUUGUAUGUGUUGAAUAUAUAUUGCUUUACAUGUUUUCAUAUAAUAAUGUCAUUGUACAAUUUUCACAGAUUUGGAAGUAAUUAUUUUGGUAACACAACUUUUUAAAUUCAUUUAAUUAAUGUUGAUGUUUGAUCAUUAUUCAAGUUAUAUUUUAUACGGCAUUAUAUUUUGUAAGUGACCUACAAAUGUAAAGGCAGCCAAGUGUAAAUGGUUUUAUAAAUCUACUAAAAUACAAAUAAAUGAUACAAUUCUUUUACUGUAUAUUUGAUAAAAAAAAGUCAGUACUGAAGUUGAAAUAUAAUCGCAAAAUAAAUUGACACAAACACUUUAUGCCAUACAAAUGCUCCUUUUUUUUUAGAAUAAAAACAAAUUGUACUGAAGCAUUUUGCUCCAAUUGUGCCAAAGUAGCAUCUUAAAAUAUAUCAUUUCGAUCAUAGCCAGAAAUUGACACCCACACAUUUCUUUACUUGUUGUUUGGGUGAAAUUUGGCCGAUUUCAAAUAUACAUAUAUAUAUAUUUGUGACAUUUCAUACCUUGCCAUAUAUUUAUUGAUUUUUUUUACAAUAAAAUUGGCUGCCUUUAUCGUUUUUAUAUGUUAAUGAACUAAAACUAUCCAAAUUGGAAAAUACAAACUUAUAACCA